CGUUCUAUGUGGUUCAGCGAAUAUUAUCGGCUUAGCGGAUUAGUUGUGAGCACUCUCGAUAAGGGAGAGCAGUAGCCAUUACCAUGUCUAGAACGAGGCGAGGUGCGCUUGCGCUGUGUUCGGCUGCUCAAGGAACUGCGGGCCUAUAGUGCGGUUACAUUGACGGCAUGCUCACACACACCGGUGGUAUCUCUCGGCAUGUUCAACAGGAUCAGCGGCUACUUCGGCAAGAACGUGAGGCUGACGCUGAGUGACGGCCGCACCUGGGACCAGUACGAAUGGUUCGCCGUCUGCUGUCUCAAUUCUUCUCGGAUCUUGGCCCACGUCUGGCUGCCAUCCUUGGAAAACAUUACUGUGCCCGCCUACGAGGCGGCCUCGUCACACGGUGGGCGGUUCAUCCUGGCCACGAGGAGAAGGGAUCGAGACGGCAAAGACAAGCCGAUACCGGCUACGGGCCCACAGGCGGUGGUGGCAGCGCAGGGUCCCACGGACGAGAAAGCUCCGGACACCGUGCUCUACCAUACGAAGAUAUACACUGAUCAAACGGUGCCUGUCAUCCUGCAAUUCGACCGGACGCCGAAGCGCAACUGCCCGCCGAUAUCCCAACACCAGGUGCCACCCCCCGACACACACCGCAAGUUGUUUGGAGGGCGCGACCUGUUUAAGAAGUACAACAUCGACACGUUCUCCGCCCGAAUCGGACCGACGGCAGGGGAUCGCGGCUACGCGGCCAUCACCGGCCAGUCUGGCUGGGGCAUCUCGUGGUGGAUCAACCGCGAGCUGAUUCCCGUGCUCCACGUUGAACGCGGCAAGACGUACAAGUUUAUCGUGGAAGGCGGGGACGACAACACCAGGUCGUCCAACUACCACCCCUUCUACAUUACCGACAGCGCCAAGGGCGGCGGCUCCAAGGAGAUUGCAUCCCUCGGCAAGCCGGGACAUCUCCUGUUCGCUGGCGUAUCCCUUGACUCUCAGGGUAAUCCCGUCGUGUCCAAAGGCGUGGCCACGGGUCGCCUCUGCGAGUGGAAAGAAGACCCGAAUGGCGCGAGCGACAAGGCCACCACGUGGGAGGAAUACAACAAGACGCUGAAGCUGGAGUGUAAGCCAGGUCAGCCGGGACAUUUCAGCUGGACCCCCGACGCAAACACGCCGAACGUCGUAUACUACCAGUGUUUCACGCACUACUUCCUUGGCUGGAAGAUAUCGGUGACCAAUGCUGGCGAGGAGGACAAGCCUCUCGGUGAAAUCAUCGGGGACGCGGUGGGCCGAGCGACCAGGCCUGUCCUUUUGUCGCCGCUGCUGCUUUUCGUCGGCUGCGUCCUCUCGCGGGUGCCCUGACACCCGCCGCCCCCUCCUUUGUUAACGCUGUUGCGUUUUUUUCUUGUCUUUGUAAUUAUAGUUUUUGUAACAUUUCUGCCUUAUUUUCUGCGAUAUCGUUCGUGCCUGCGCACAAAGCCGUACACAAGUUGCCUUCUUUGCCGUUUUAGCCAAGACAACGAGUAAAUGAUUCGCAAGUCUGC